GUGGACGAAACAUGGCUUCCCCUGCUGGCUGUGAGCAUUAUGUGCGCAGCUGUUUAUUGAAAGCACCUUGCUGUGGGAAACUGUAUGUGUGUCGGCUGUGCCAUGAUGCAGAAGAGAACCACCAGAUGGAUCGAUUCAAAGUCAGAGAGGUGCAGUGCUCUGAGUGUCAGGUGGUGCAGCAGGCACAACAGACUUGUGAGCAAUGUCACGUACAGUUUGGAGAGUAUUACUGUGACAUUUGCCACUUGUUCGACAAGGAUAAGAAGCAGUAUCACUGUCAGCCCUGUGGGAUAUGCAGGAUUGGACCAAGGGAGAAAUACUUUCAUUGUGAGAAGUGCAAUUUGUGUUUAGCUCAGGAUCUACGAGGAAACCACAAGUGUGUUGAAAAUGUUUCAAGACAGAACUGCCCAGUUUGUAUGGAGGACAUUCACACAUCCAGAAUCGGAGCUCAUGUUCUUCCUUGUGGCCACCUUUUACACAAGACCUGCUUUGAUGACAUGGUCAGAACAGGAGCGUAUCGCUGCCCUCUGUGUAUGCACUCUGCUUGGAACAUGGAGGACCACUGGGAUCAGAUAGACAAAGAGAUUGCUCAGUCACCGAUGCCUACUGAGUACCAGGGUGCUACUGUCAGAAUUAUAUGUAAUGACUGCCAAGCCCACUGCACGGUGCCUUUCCAUGUGUUGGGGAUGAAAUGCACCGGCUGUGGCUCCUACAACACAGCACAGGACGGAGGACUCAUCCAGCAGCCUCAGCAACAGCAGGCAGAGCAGGACACUGAGACUGAGGCAGAGACGGACACAGAGCCAGAGCAGCAAGAUCAACAUGAGUCAGCCACGCCGCAUUAGCAGUACUCGCUGAACCAUCACGGAUGGAUUUGACUGGUGCACUUAAUUGUAGUAACUUACAUGGAGUGUAGCAGUAGACAGUUUUUCUAGUUUGUUUCAGAAAAAUCCAUCUAUUUUCUGCACCUUCUUAUGGUCUUCAGGGCUGGACCUGUCCCAGGAUGCAUUGGGUGAGAUGAUGAUUACACCGCCGACAGGUCGUCAGUCAAUCACAGGACCUUCACAUUAACAUACUGACAAUUUAGAGUCAUGGUCCAUUGGAUCUGCAUGUUUUUAGACUCUGUGAGGAAACGCACAAAGGCAUGGAGACAACACACAAACACCAAACAGCUGAUCAGCUGAGACAAACCCAGGAGUGUCAUGUGACUGUCAACUGUGUGACAGUCUGUUAAAUGUUUGAUGAGUUCAGGAACUGCACCAUAAUUCCCAUUUAACUGCUCGCAGUAAGACACUGCGUGAACAGAUGUGUCUGUUUGCCAUAUGCUCUCUGAGCCUGAGCAGCUUAACAACCCUGCAGCUUUGGAAAUUUGUUAGACAAAUGAAACUGUCUUCAGCAAUAUGAUUAACACUGUUGUAAGUCUGCACAUUUACUUAUUUUAGUGAAGGAUUGAUAAAGCAUAAGGGUAAGAUUCACAGGGCAUUUAUGCAGGAAAAAAAGUCAAAAAGAUACAGAGACAUUUUGUGAGUGAAAGAACAAACUUUUUGUUUUUUCCUCAUCUUAUUUCUCAGUCCAUAUUUUAGUUCUUAAGUGUGGCUCCCCUUCUCUGUGAUCUUUAGAAAUUUGCUCUACAAGUGAUAAAAAUCGAUUCUGUUUCGGUUUAAUAUCAAGUUCAUGUUCUGAUCCCACAAAAUCAAAGUUUUGUCAGCUGGUAAUUUAAAACUGUUGUGUUAUCUAAUUCGUUUGCAUACUUCACCUACGACUGUAAAGUGCAACAUGUCACUAUUCUGAUCAGAAGGAGGAGGAAUCUUCAUUGACAAGUCAAACAAUUGAGUUAUGCAUGUAAAUGUAAGUGGUUGACAUUUAGAUGGUUUAUAAAUAGACCUGUUCAUUGUCUAAAGCUGGCUAUGUAGAUGACAGGAUGGCAUUUGAAACAUGUUCUUAGUUGUGCCUGUUUGUUGCGUUACACUAAUGUGACAAUUCCUGCUGCAAUGUUGAGCAGCUUUUGAGCAUUUACUGCUCAUCCACAUACAGACAGUGCUGUCAUUUUUGCUGCUGAGACAAAAUGCCCCGUAUUCCAGGAUCACAACUUUUUUUGUGUCUUUUCCACCUGCAAAUGUUGGGUUAACUGAGUUUCACAAUGACAGUAAUACAAACUCCUAUUAAAUAACAACAUUGUACUAAGCCAUAUUGUAUUGUCUCCAACACAAUUCAUUGCAUUGAUGAUCAAAUAAAUUCAUCACAGUUUCAUUUUCA